AAGCGUCCAGGCAACAAAUUUGUUUAUUUCCUGGUUUAGUGCUCUCAGAAAGUCGAAAAAUUUAUUCGCGAACCAGUGAUUAUUGUGUUUGGGGACACUAAAAGUUGUUUUUAUCUCCGUAAGUGUACUGUGCGAGUCGGUGAGGUGAAUUUUCCAUUUCAAAAUUUAGUUGCUGGAAAGAGGCAAAAGUGCAUAGAGAAAUGACGCCAGUGGAAUCGCCUCUGCGAAGAUCUGAUGCAUCGCGACUGUUUCGAACGCCCCGGGCCCAUUCCGAGCAAGAGGCCGUCAAUGACGAUGAGGCGGAACGGAGGAUUCGACGGUCGGCAGCUUCGCUCGAUGAUAGUUCACUGGCCUUGGGAACGACCGUCGAGGACAACGAAAACAUCAAAAUGUGCCUUCAGCUGUACUCGGAUAAUAAACUGAGCAAAGACAACGCCUGGACGGUAACGAUUAUCGAUGCCUUUUCGAAGCUUAUGUCCCGGCACUCGUCGAUGCAAAAUUUCCAGGUUGCUGGCUCGACGCUGGAGGCUUCCACAAAGGUGUACGGUCUCCGGGUCGAUUCCGUGCACACCGAUGUGAUGCGUAUGUGCUCGGAACUAACGCGCCAAUCCGCCCAGACUAUGGACAACAACCGCGAGGACGAUGACGAUGCGGACAAAGAGAAUAACGCCAGCAUGACAGCCGAAGGAGGCACUGGUGAUAUCGGGCAGUCACAGGAUCCUAAGCCUAAGAAGAAACGAACUCGAAAGCACGUUAGUACCGUUACCAAGAAUAAGGAAACCAUCAACGCCAAAUUGGAUACCAACCCGUUUACGGAUCCGUUCUUUGCCAAGCUGAAUUCGGUCGUUGGGGAUGUCAAUAGCUCCAGUCGAUUAAUGCAGAACAUCAUUCCGACGAGCCAGGGCGAACUAAGGUUGCGUAUGGAUUAUGCGUUUUGGGACAGUGAAAAGUCGCCUGAACUUGACCUAGACGCGGAGGAAGGCUAUGACGGUUGCAGUAUGACCACCGUCACAUUGCAUACUGUUUCUUUGGAUAACAAACUACACCAGACGCUAGCGGGUUACGCAAUAACGGAUGCUCCUGCGGAAGACGACGAAAACGAUGCAGAGUUGAAGGACACUCAGACGCGCGAUGCAGAACCAGAGCAAACAGCGCUGAACCGUUCGGCCCUCGAUGUACAGUUCGAUAUGGAUGCAGAGGUAGAACCGGUUCCGGUUGGAGAUGCGUACAUAAUAGAUUACGCGAUGGCUGACGGGCCAGACAAUGACGAAUACAAUGAAGACGACCAGAUUGCUCUGCAAAAUUGCAACGGACUUAAACGUAAAACAGUUAUUAUCGAAGAUAUGCGACCAAUCGAUUCUUCGUCGAUUAAUUUGGAAUACUCUUACCGUGCUCUAGAUGCUAUAUCACAGUUUUGGGCCGGUCCCUCGCAUUGGAAGUUUAAACGUUCGAAAAGCUUGCGCGGUCCUUCCAUAGGUGCUAAUACGUUGAGCUUGGCACUGGCUAGCGGGAAAGGCAAACAGAAACAAACAGACAAACAAUCACGCAAGAAAAAACGCUUUGAGCUGGACACUCUGGAUGAUAUUAUUAGCGUUGGAGAAGAACUUUUCCCGGCCUACAGCCAUAACAAACCAGUGAAAAACAUAACCCACCUAAAGAGUCUGAUUUGCAAAAAGUGGGAUUCGAAAAAACUCAAAUUGCCGACCGAUUUCCAUCUGGAGCGCCACCGAUUCGAUAUGAAUGCGUUUGCUAAGGGUAUCAAAAUGCGGGACUUUGAUGCCGCACCCGUACCGGACGUUCCAGUGGAUGAGUACGAAUCGGACAACUGCAGUCGGGUGAUGAACGAUGAAACCGACGACGGAGCAGACCCAGGUCUAUGCUUAGCCUUUGACGGAGUUCCUGCCGAUGAUUCCAAGUUUGACGACGUCGCCGGUGACAAGCGAAACAGCAGUGGAGCACCACCGCUAAAUACCAGUCUUGAGUUUAUUCCUUCAGAAUUUCAAGGCGCGCCCGAUAAGGUAACCAAAAUAAAUAUAGCCUACGCGAAAACCGCUAAAGUGGUCGAUAUGAAGCAGCUUAAAACCUGCUGUUGGCGGCUGAUUAGUGAACAGAUUACGGGCUCCAGCGCAGACACGGAUGCUACGCCAGGCAAUAAUCAGCUGUUAUUGAAGGGUGACGGUAAGGCCAAGUUUUCCGACAUCUACCGAGAGCUGCCGCACAUUCUGAGCAAAUCGAUGAGCGAAAACAUUUCUAAAUCACUAGCCUUCUACUCGGUGCUGCAUCUCACGAACGAACGAUCACUUCAGCUGAUGCGGCAAGAAGAUUUAGAAGAUUUCCAAAUUCUACCCCCCGCGUAAUAGCCUUGGAGGCAGAAGCCGGUUAGUAAAAAUAAGUGUGUUUAGGCCCUAUCGAAGAAGGGAAAGCUGAUAGUGCAAAAUAGUUUAUUGGCGAUUGGCGAAUUCACUGUAGUUUGCUACCCAUAUUAAUUAUAGGGUUGACACGAAAUGAAAACGGAACGUCGAAACAGUGAUUAGUAAUAUAUUUCAGUUUUUUAAGCUUGGUGACCAUAUUUUCCGUUAUGAUUUUUUCGUGAGAUUCUUCUCGAAUUUCCCAAUUUGCCCCUUUAGAAUUAAAUCGAGUUUUAGUGUACAAAAACUUGU